AUGGCUUCGGGGUCAAGGCUGACAAAGCGAAAGGAUAUGUGUCGCUGGCCGAGGAUGUCGUCCACUCUGUGGGCAGUGAUCGUGCUGACGGCGCUGCUGUUCUUCUACUGCGGCCAGCUGGCUGCGGGGACAUGUGAGAUUGUGACAUUGGACAGGGACAGCAGCCAACCACGGCGGACCAUCGCCAGACAGACGGCCCGCUGUGCCUGUAAGAAGGGCCAAAUCGCCGGUACUACGAGAGCCAGACCUGCUUGUGUGGACGCUGGUAUUGUACGGAAAAAGCAGUGGUGUGAGAUGGUGCCAUGUCUGGAGGAUGAGGGCUGUGACCUGUUAGUCAAUAAAUCCGGCUGGACUUGUACACAGCCUGGAGGCCGGGUGAAAACAACCACGGCUCUAUGACGUGGCAAGAGUCCCCCCCGGCACACUCGCAUUAUGGCGGGGAGCAUUGACGACCCCUUGACAGACAGCCAAAACCUACUACAUCUACUACCACCACUACCAAAACCAACACCACCACCACCACAGCAAUCACCACCACAACUCCAACCAACCCCGGUCCCGAAAAAGGCAGGAAGCAACACAAGCAGCUACAGAGCACCGAUGGCCUCGCAGAGGCAGACAGGUCUCAUAACACAGCCAGUGACAGCGACACCAGGAAGUGACUGUGUGAGGGAACAACCUCUCCCCUGGACUCUAGACAAACCACUUCCUG